GAUAACAUGGCCCAAUCUAUGAAGUGUACAAUCAAGUGGAAUGGUGAAUAUGGCUAUGAGGUUGAGGAUACCUCAUUAAAAGUGGUGUUGAAGCAUUGUGUGAAUAUGCAAGCUCAAGCUUGUACAUGCAGGUCAUGGAUGCUGAAGGGUAUCCCUUGUGCUCAUGCCAUUACUGCUAUGCAUUUCAAGAACCUUGACCCAAUUAACUACAUAUCUCACUGGUACCACAAAUCCACCUAUCUGAAGGCAUAUUCAACAUUCAUCCAGCCUGUGCCAGACAUGCAGAUGUGGCCAACAUCUACCAAUCCAACAAUUGAACCCCCACCAAUUAAAAAGAUGCAUGGCAGACCAAAGAAGAAGAGAAAAAGAGAAGAAACUGAACAUCCUACUUCUGGAAAGCUUUCAAGAAGGAGUAUGGAGAUGACAUGUUCAAACUGUGGUGGAUAUGGACACAACAAAAGGAGUUGCCCUAAGAAAGCAAGGCCUGCAGAUUCUACUCCGGCAAAUGCUUCAUAUAUACAAAGAUGUGGAGGAAGAGGAAGAGGCAGAGCAAGAGGAACAAGAACUGUUGGCAGAGCUUUAACUCCAACUACUUCUGCCCCUACUGCUGCUGGUAGAGGAAGAGGAACUGCUGCUAGUAGAGGAAGAGGAACUGGUAGUGGUCGGGGAAGUUCUGGGUUUGGACUAUUUCAAUCAAGCAGUGUGUUCACAAGUUUUUCUCCAAGAGUGGUCUCUCAUGGUGGUGAAAAGAGGUCUUCGACAGAUAUUCUAGAGUGUGCAUACAAGCCAAGAAGUGGUGUAAAAUGGAAUGGUAGACCAGCCAUUACUAGAAGACAACUUGAAAGAACUACUGCAACUCGUUCCAGAACUGCCGCAUCUCAAUCCAAUUUAAGUCAAGCAAGUUCAUCAUCCCAGCCAUCCAAGAACAACCACUGAAUUCUGUUAUUGUCACUGUUAAUUUAUUUUGGAACUGCUGUAAUUUCCCUUUGGAACUGUAAUUUAUUUUGGAACUGUUGUUAGGUUAAUUUGGAACUGCUAUUAGGUUUGCUGUUAGUGUUGUUAUUUUGUGAAGGCAACCUGCUAUUAUUUUGGUAUGCUGUAAAACUGGGCAGCGUAUAUUUUUG